CCCUUCCGCCUCACUCAGGCACACGCGGAGCGGGACGGGCGCGGGCCAUGGAGCGGACAGCAAGCAAGGAGCUCACCCUGGCGCCGCUGCAGGACUGGGGCGAGGAGACCGAGGAGGGAGCAGUGUACAGCGUGUCCCUGCGGCGGCAGCUCAGUCAGCGCUGGAGCCCGGGGGGAGGGCCUGGGGGCUGCCAGACCACCAGUCCCUCUGCAGACGCCUUCCUCCAUUACCGCACGAGCAAGGUGCGGGCGCUGAGGGCGGCGCGGCUGGAUCGGCUGGUGCGGGAGCUGGUGUCUGGAGACCGCGAGCAGGACCCGGGCUUUGUGCCUGCCUUUCUGGCCACCCACCGAGCUUUUGUGCCCACCGCCCGCGUGCUGGGCCUUCUCCUGCCACCGCAGCCGCCGCCCCUGCCGCCGGGGGUAGAGAUCAAGAAGACUGAAGGACAAGAUCUGAGCUUCAACAAGAACCUAAGGGCUGUGGUAUCGGUGCUGGGCUCCUGGCUUCGGGACCACCCUCAGGAUUUCCACGACCCCCCUGCUCACUCGGACCUAGGCAGUAUCUGCACCUUCUUGGGCUGGGCUGCCCCAGCAGGGGCUGAGGCCCAGGAGGCUAAAAAGCUGCUGGGAGAUUUCCUGGAGGAGGAUGAAGGAAAACAGGAAGAAGAACAGCCCCAGACCUGGGCAGGACCUUCUGGAGCUGCCCGCACUCCACUCCCAGAUUUCCCAGAAAGCUGCUCAGAAGAGGAGGAGGAAUUGGUGCCGGAAAGCCCUGAGCUCCUGGACUUCAAUGAAGACGAGGUGGCCGAGCAGCUGACCCUGAUGGACGUGGAGCUCUUCUCGCGCGUGCGGCCUUGCGAGUGCCUGGGCUCGGUGUGGUCACAGCGGGAUCGGCCGGGGGCCGCGGGCAUCGUCCCCACCGUUCGCGCCACCGUGACCCAGUUCAACGCGGUGACUGGCUGCGUGCUGGGCUCGGUGCUCGGGGCGCCAGGCCUGGCCGCCCAGCAGAGGGCGCAGCGGCUGGAGAAGUGGAUCCGCAUCGCGCAGCGCUGCCGGGAACUGCGAAACUUCUCCUCCCUGCGCGCCAUCCUGUCCGCCCUGCAGUCUCACCCCAUCUACAGGCUCAAGAGCAGCUGGGGCGCCGUGGGCCGGGAGCCCUUAUCCAUUUUCCGGAAACUUUCGCAGAUUUUCUCCGAUGAGAACAACCACCUCAGCAGCAGAGAGAUUCUGUCCCAGGAGGAGGUCACCAAAGGUCCCCAACAGGAAGAUGCCCCCCCAGGAAGUCUGUCUUCAGUGAGUGAGAAACUACCCCCAGGCCCUGUCCCCUACCUUGGCACCUUUCUCACGGACCUGGUUAUGCUGGACACUGCCCUGCCGGACACACUGGAGGGAGAUCUUAUCAACUUUGAGAAGAGGAGGAAGGAGUGGGAGAUCCUGGCCCGCAUCCAGCACCUGCAGAGGCGCUGUCGAAGCUACUGCCUGAGCCCCUGCCCACCCAUCCUGGCUGCCCUGCGUGCCCAGCGCCAGCUCAGCGAGGAGCAGAGCUACCGCAUCUCCCGUGUCAUUGAGCCCCCGGCUGCCUCCUGUCCCAGCUCCCCACGCAUCCGGCGGCGAAUCAGCCUCACCAAGCGCCUCAGUGCGAAGCUGUCCCGAGAGAGAAGCUCAUCCCCUGGUGAGAGUCCCAGAGACCCCUCAUCCCCUACCUCCAGUCUGUCUCCGGGGUCCCCUCCAUCCAGUCCUAGAACCAAGGAUCCUCCUCCUGGCAGUCCCCUGGCUUCUCCAGCGCCCCAGAGCCCUAGCGCCAAGCUGCCCCUGAGCCCCGAGGCCUUGCCCUUGAGCAGCCCUCUUGCCCCCCUCCCGGGGCAGCAGGGCUCAGAGGCCCGCGUCAUCCGCGUCAGCAUCAACAACGACCAUGGGAACCUGUAUCGGAGCAUCCUGCUCACUAGUCAGGACAAGGCCCCCAGCGUGGUGCAGCGGGCCCUGCAAAAGCACAACGUGGCCCAGCCCUGGGCUCGUGACUACCAGCUCUUCCAAGUCCUUCCUGGGGACAGGGAGCUCCUGAUUCCUGACAAUGCCAACGUCUUCUAUGCCAUGAGUCCAGCCGCCCCUGGAGAUUUCGUGCUCCGGCAGAAGGAGGGGGCCCGGCACACAACCUCAAGGUCCCCAACCUGAGGGGGCCCUCUCCUCCCUCUAGGACACAGGCCCCUGGGCAUUCUGGGCCGCAGCUUCUGUCCCCAUGGUGGGGGUGGGGGAGAGGUCUACUUUCCCAAAAGCUCCUAUCCCCCAGGAAGCUCACUUGGCUCCUUAACCUAUGACCUCCCUACCACAUGCCAACUCUGGCCCACUGGACCCCAUCCCUUUGACCCCCUUGGCACUAGCUCUUUAUUCCCACGGCGUGGCCGCUAGAGAGCUUCAUUCCUAAAUGUAUUAGGGGCUAGGGCCCUGGCGGGUCAGAGCCUUCCAAAGAGAAAUCUUGUAACUAUUGGAAAUCGGCAGCAGGACCAACACAUGUGGUGUUCAAGCUCA